ACAGGGGGCUUGAAAAGGUACCGGCGCUCCCUGCGUCCCGGCUCCCGGACUCCCGACGCGCUCUCUCCGACUGCUUCUCGCUAGUUCUGCCCGCGGUGCGUGGUCCUGCUUGCGACUCGAGUAAAUCAGAUGAGCGGGGGAGAGCAAGCCCACAGCGGGAGAGGAGGCAUAGCAUGGUGAGAAGGACAGGACUGACCAGUUGGGCCCAAAUUCACAUCCCAGCUUCAGCAGCCACUGGUUUGAUGACCUUAGGAUGCCCGUCUGGGGAGGUGGCAACAAGUGCGGGGCCUGUGGGAGGACUGUGUACCACGCAGAGGAGGUGCAGUGCGAUGGCCGGAGCUUCCACCGCUGCUGCUUCCUGUGCAUGGUUUGCAGGAAAAAUUUAGAUAGUACAACAGUGGCAAUUCACGAUGACGAGAUCUACUGCAAAUCCUGCUAUGGAAAGAAGUACGGGCCGAAAGGCUACGGGUACGGCCAGGGCGCGGGCACACUCAACAUGGACCGGGGCGAGAGGCUGGGCAUCAAGCCCGAGAGUGUUCAACCUCACAGGCCUACGACAAAUCCAAACACUUCUAAAUUUGCUCAGAAAUACGGAGGUGCUGAGAAGUGUUCCAGAUGUGGGGAUUCUGUGUACGCUGCCGAGAAGAUCAUUGGAGCUGGAAAGCCCUGGCACAAAAACUGCUUCCGAUGUGCCAAGUGUGGGAAGAGUCUUGAGUCAACGACUCUGACUGAGAAAGAAGGUGAAAUCUAUUGUAAAGGAUGCUAUGCGAAAAACUUUGGGCCCAAGGGAUUUGGCUAUGGCCAAGGGGCAGGAGCCCUUGUUCAUGCUCAGUAGAGGCGCAAACCCAGAACCCAGAUCACACACUGAGAAACUCCACAUAAUCUAGGCACAGAUAAUCUAACACUAAACUGCUGUGAAAUUCUACCAGUACUUAAGUACUGUAUGUUGCCCUGUACUUGGCUAGGCCAGCUGACUAGUAGGAAGAGAGCACUAUAUCUUUUCGCUUUAUUCAUCAGCAUUUCAAGAACCAUUUCUUUUACGUUUUAAAUAAAACUUCAGCUUAA